CCAUGUUUCGAAAGAGGUGAUAAAAAAAAGAUGAAACAUUUUUUUCGAUAUUUGAGGUUAUUUUUAAUAACUACGUUGGGAAUUUUGAGUUUCUAUGUUUACAACUAUAGAAGAAGUAUCAAAAAUACUGUCAUCGAAGAAUAUGUCAAAAGAAUCCAAGCAACAACAAAUUCAACUUUGCGGGAAGCUGACAAAGAGUCAACAUGGACGACUAAAUGGCCAAGAGUGAAUUUUGCAAAUUGCAGUCACAGAGAAUAUAUGAACAAAGGCAUCAAUUCACCGGAAAUAAUAGAAAAUUCGCCUAUUCCAAGAACAGGACUCGUAAGCACACCGGGUUGUGGAAACACAUGGACAAGACACUUGAUUGAACAGGCCACGGGACUAUGGACUGGUAGUGUAUACCACGACGAACAGCUUUACGAAGGGGGCUUAGAUGGUGAAUUUGAGAAAUGCCGCACGAAUUCAACUAUUGUAAUAAAAGCUCAUCAACCACGCCAUGCAGAGAAUUGUCGGUUUGAUCGUGUUAUUCUUCUUGUCAGAGAUCUCCAUCGUGCAUUUCUGUCUGAAUUUAAUAGACGAUCAUCUGGAUCGCACGUCGGAGUUGCUGAUUCCAAAGUAUUCCCAUCGAAACGUUGGACAAAUAUGAUUUUGAAAGACGGGAUUCGAUUAAUGAACCUUAACAUUAACUGGAUUGAACUUUAUGUCGGCGAUGACAAAAAAAUGAAAAAUACACAAAAUCCAUUCAUAGCUCCUGCAAAUUUUUGGAAAAAUUUGUUGUUGGUAUCGUAUGAAAGAUUGAAAAAGGAUUCAGUGGAGGAAUUGAGAAGAAUAAUAACAUUUUUGAAACUUCCAGUUUUUCGAGAACACUGUUUGCAGAAAAACUCAGAAGGCGAAUUUCGACGCCAAGAAAGCAAAUCCCAGAAAUCAUUAGCAUGUUUCUACGACAAACCAGAAAUCAGACAAAAAAUGAAUCAAACUAUUCAACAAUUAUUAUCAGAAUCGAUUAAACUUGGAAGUGGUAACAUUAUUGCAGAGUUUGAGGAAAUUUUCACAGCUGAUUCUCAUGUGACCUGUAAAAACAAUUAGCUCCAGAUUUGUUCGUAGUCACGAUAUUUUACAAAGUAGAACAGAGCCUAGCCUAGCAUUCAAUUUGGUUGCCACUCCGAAUAUCUUUAGUAUAUAUAUAUAUAUAUGAGAAACCCGUAAUAAAAAUAUUGAGAGAGAGAACGUACUUGCUCAUUACGCAACGUCACCGAGCUUUUUAUUGUUUAUAAAAGCAAGAAUUCAUGUAUUCCUUUUUUUCAAAUGUAUACGACUGCUAACAAUUUUCCCUUGUCGAGAUUGACAAAUGAAAAAAUGCUUCGACAGGUUUAAAAAUUCGGUACUCCCGAAGUAUGUGUACCAAAAUGGCGGACAACG